AUGGCGUCCAAGCUGGAGGAGAAGCUUGUCAGUGACGGCGCAACCUCCCCCGUGGGCAGCGACCUUGCAGUACAGCCAAUAAACACCAAGUGCAUUGUUCCUGUGGACGGCCCAAUUGUCCAGGCUGGCAACUCGAGUGUGGCGUCGAUCUCCUCCGCCUUCGGGAGCGAUGCUUCAAGCGUGGCCGAAGUGGCCGUCUCCGAGUCUUACCCUGCUGUCCCAAUCGUGGUAGACGCCGUGGUCAAUGAUGCAGUGGACAAGAAUACAGUGGAUGUUUCAGUAGAGCCUGAAGACACUCACAAGACCAUCGCUAGCCAAGAUGAUGACGACCUUGAGGAGAUCUCCGAACUGACCCCUGCUGCAACAACUGUGGUAGAUACCAAGAUCGACAAUACAGCUAACAAGGACAUUGCUUCGGUUUCGUUAGAGCUUGCAACGACUCAAGACAUCAACAAUGCUACUUCUGGUCCAGUUGAGCCUGAAGCGACUCAAGAUAUCAUCACUAAAGAUCGUGACGACGACCUUGAGACCGUGUUCGAGCCCGCAGCCGCCGCAUCAACGAUGAUCCAUGCCAAGAAUGAUGGUACAGUUGGCAAGGACGUCGCUUUGGGCUGCACUGAACCAGAUGCGACUCGCGACGUUGGACCUGCUGAGGCACCGAAGCCUACAGGCAGUGUGCCUCCUCACUUGCGCCCCAGCAGUCAGUCCUCAGCGAUCCCGCAAUCUCGGUACGCCGAUGUGCCUCGAGCUCCGCGCAACAAUUAUGCCAACAACUCGUUACGGGAAUUCAAUGGCCGUGAAGAGGUAGCGCGCUUGAGCGCCCAAAUGAUGAAGGUGCGCAAUGAGCUGGACGCCGAGCGCAAGAAGAGCGCGAACAUGCGCGCUUCGAUCGAGCAAGAGGUGCAGAAUACAACAGACAACGCUCUAGCCCGACUGACUACAGAGCUAUUCCACAAGCAAGUAAAGACCCUCACACAGCAAGGCAAGCUCGAAGCCAAGGAGCGUGAGCUUUUGUUUCGGCAAGCACAGAUUGAGCAAACCGAGGUCUUCCUCAGCGAAGGUCAGAAGCAGGUGUAUCGCCAGGCAAACAUGGGUGAUGACGAUGUGCAAGAGGGCACCCUGAGCAUGGCAGAGGUGAACCGUGAGUACGAGCGUCGUCAGGCCGAGCUUGUUGCUCAGAAGAACGUCUCCGACCGCGAAGGCCAAAUGUCAAUCCGCGACAAAGCACUUCAGCUCCGUGAGGCAGCUCAGAUGAUGCGCGAACAGCAGUACAAAGCGCUGAUUCGCGGCGCCCUGGAAGCUGAACGUCGCGAGAUUGCCAUGCCGAACAUGGAUGCGAAGCUGGAAGAGGUCGCCGACGUUGAGUACAAUCGCGGAUUUGGUGCAGGCAAGGUAGCUGGUCGGGCUGCAGCUGACAAAGGCGCGCACGAUCAGAGCUUCCUGGAGGGGUACAGUGCUGCUCGUCGCGCUGAGGUCGCACUGAACAAGCUGAAGAUGGGAACCAUGGCUCGUGACAGCCCUGAGCUCGACUUCCUGUACAACUCCAGCCACCCCUACAACCUCUUUGCCAUGGGCGCGAGGAUUGGAAGCGUGGAUUUCGACAAGCAGAAGUCUUUGGCGAACGUCAUGCUGAACCAGGGUGAGAAGAAGCCUGCGGAAAUCAUUAGUUACACUCAGGGAGGGAAGAAGACAAGCCAAGAGCAGAAGAGGCCCGAAGAGGCUGUUCGCAGGCUCCCUCCUGCCCGGCCAACCUUUGCUUCCGAGCUUCGUGGACCUUCAAACAUGCACGACGGCCAGCCCGUACUUGCUAACGGCUCAGCCACAUCUCCCCCCAUUGACAGCGUCUACGAGGGCAGAAAAGUGACAAAGUACGAGGACGUUCAGGGCGACAGCUUGAUCGAUCUGUACUAG